GUUUAUUUAAUUUAGGUAGUAUGCCGUUUGAGGUAAGCUACCCGCUCGAUAAUGUCCCCAUGCACGAGGGAGAGCCUUUUUAUUCAUUACAAGAGUACAAGUUCACGGCAAGCAAUGAGUCCUCUUUUAGUAUCCUCCUACGGGCAUUCCCCACGUUGCCACCCUCGGAUGCUGUUGGGCUUCUCAGUGGCUUUGAUUCUACGGGGCUAACAGUGUGGAAUGGAUCUCUUGCUUUCGUGGAAUGGUUAGUACGCGACCGUGCAGUUCUCCAAAACGCUCUUUCUCGUCCGUAUCAACUUGCAUCAGGUAACUUCCGGGUGAAUUUUCUGGACCUGGGGUGCGGAUGUGGCAUUCUCUCAAUGGCGUUGUGGCACCUCAUCGUUAUUGAAAUGAAGCGCCAGGCCAACGCAACUGUCACCGCACGCAUUAUCGCCACGGAUGGAAAUAAGGAAUGCGUUUCUUUGUGCUCUCAAAAUUUCCAGGAGCAAUGCCAGGAUGGCACCUUCCUACCGUUAUCAUGUUGUGGGAAACAUGGGGUACAGGCAGAGGCAACUAUGUUGAAUUGGGGUGAUGACUCAACCGAUUACCCAAAGCUGAUUGAAUGUUGUGACCGCGUUGUUAUCCUUUCUGCGGAGGUUAUUUACACUCUCGAAGCCAUUCCGCUGCUGAUAUCCACGGUCUGUUCACUGCGCAAAGCCUUUUACGCGGGUACACCGGGCUAUGCCCCAGGUGUAGCGAUAGGUAACCUUGAGUCUAUUGAGUAUCCUCGAUUGCAGUGGUGGCUGCUCUACACACCGCGUAGUCUCAGCGUUUCAAGCAACAAAGCAAUUUAUGAAGGCUUGAUCGCAGCUCUCGCAGCGCAGAGUUCUUGGACGUUUCAGCAAAUAGAAGCCCCUGCGGGGUCGCUUCGAUGUGGGUUCGAGAGCGCCUCCUUGGGUGAGGAGCUGCCCCUGUCCUUAAAGGGGUGUAUUUUUGUUGUAAAUUUAAAUUUAAAAAAAAGGUAA